CACCUUCUCAAAUCUCAAUCAUCAACGAACUCGAGCAUAUUAACAAGAAAUGAGUGUUUGGGCAUUUUUCGCAUUUUUCUCCUUAUUCUUGUCCCUUUCGGUUAGAGGCUCAGCUGAGCAAUGCGGUCGCCAAGCCGGGGAUGCCUUGUGCCCAGGAGGCCUAUGUUGUAGUUUUUAUGGUUGGUGUGGGACAACGGUUGAUUAUUGCGGUGAUGGUUGUCAGAGCCAGUGUGAUGGAGGAGAUGGGUGUGAUGGAGGCGGUGGUGGAGGUGGAGAUGGAGAUGAUGGUUACUUAAGUGACAUCAUUCCAAAAUCAACGUUUGAUGCUUUGCUCAAGUUUAGAAAUGAUCCUCGAUGCCAUGCUGUUGGGUUCUACACCUAUGAUGCUUUUAUCUCCGCUGCUAAGGAAUUCCCUGAUUUUGGUAACACUGGUGAUGAUCUGAUGCGUAAAAGGGAGAUUGCUGCUUUCCUGGGCCAGACAUCUCAUGAAACUACCGGAGGGUGGCCAGAUGCACCCUGUGGCCCAUACGCUUGGGGAUAUUGCUAUCUCAAGGAAAUAAAUUGUCAACCUUAUUGUGACCCAUCUUCCAACUAUCAAUGUGGUGCGGGCAAGCAAUACUGUGGCCGAGGACCAAUCCAACUUUCAUGGAACUAUAAUUAUGGGCUAUGCGGAGACGACUUGAAGUUGCCACUGUUACAAGAACCAGAACUAGUUGAAACUGAUCCUGUCAUUUCCUUCAAGACAGCACUCUGGUUUUGGAUGAAACCACAGUCCCCAAAGCCCUCUUGUCACGCAGUCAUCACUGGAAAUUGGACACCGAGCGCGGCAGACGUGGAGGCUGGUAGGGUUCCAGGCUAUGGUGUGAUAACGAACAUCAUCAAUGGUGGCAUUGAAUGUGGUCAGGGAGGGCCAAAUGCUGCAAAUGAGGAUCGCAUUGGGUUCUACAAGAAAUACUGUGAUAAACUCGGAACAACCUAUGGCCCCAAUCUUGACUGCUACCAGCAAAGGCCUUUUGGAUAUGGACUCCUGGGAUUGAAGGACACCAUGUAAUUUGAUGUUUAAGCUAUCAUGUCUUGAAAUAAUAAUAAUAGCUUUUAGCUAUCAUGGGAGAUGGUCCAGCUCCUUUUAAAUAAGUCCAUGUCAAUGAAUAAAACGUGCUCGAUGGAAUUAAUUAUCAA